AUGCCUUCUUCUUCUUCUCACACCAAAAUCAUUGACGAAUUAUCCGAAAUGGUUUUUAAUGAUAUUUCAAAUAAUUUAGUAGUAGAUAAUAUUGUAGAUGAACCAACAUCAAUUCCAACUCAAUCUUUACCACCACCAUUAUUUACUUUUCAUUCAAAUAUGCGAAAUAUAUAUAUUAGUCCU